UGAUGCUCCCCAGAGUUCGGCAUAUGACUUCAACCAUAUUCCCGAAUCAUUUGAACCUCUCUCUACAUCGACUUCACCUAUAACAGAAUGUAUACUCAACCCCUUAAGAAUUUGAAUGUGUUCAUUUCCGCAACUGUCUUCACCCAAGGACUCCUCAGGACUCAUCCCACCGACCUUCUUCUCUCAACUUCCACCACCGAUAUUCCAAUACAGGAUUAUGGAUAGCGAUAAUGAAGAGAGGCUUCAGAGUUCAGAAGUAGAAGGUAAAAAUGCUUUGAAAGGGAGGAUUUGGGAAGAAUCAAAGAAGACAUUGAGGAUUGCAUUCCCAACUAUGUUAUUUAGGGUGGCUUCAUUUGGAAUGGCUGUUGUGACACAAUUGUUUGUUGGUCACUUUGGUCAGAUAGAACUUGCUGCAUAUGCACUUAUUCAAACCAUCCUUGUACUUUUUGUAAGCGGGGUCUUGCAGGGGAUGUCAAGUGCAACCGAAACUCUUUGUGGGCAAGCAUUUGGAGCAAAACAAUACCACACGAUGGGUAUCUACUUGCAACGGACAUGGAUUGUUAAUCUUAUUGCUGCCAAAAUUAUGUUACCUCUAUUCAUCUUUGCAACACCCAUAUUCAGAUUACUUGGCCAAGCAGAGGAGAUAUCAACAGUAGCUGGAAAAAUCUCUGUGUGGUUCAUUCCCUAUGUCUACUAUCUUCUUUUCAGCAGGACCAUCCAAAGGUAUUUACAAGCUCAGCUCAAGAACAUGGUUAUUGGAUGGCUUUCUGCUUUCUCAUUUGUGUUUCAUGUGCUCUUGUCCUGGAUCUUUGUGAGUAAACUGAAGUUAGGAAUUCCUGGAGCAAUGAGUGCAUUGAACAUAUCUAGUUGGUUAGUGGUCAUCUCUCAGUUUGUCUAUGUGCUUGGAGGUUGGUGUCCAGAAACAUGGAAAGGAUUCACCACUGCUGCCUUUGCUAACCUACUGCCUGUUAUAAAGCUCUCAAUAUCCUCUGGUGUGAUGCUUUGCUUAGAGUUAUGGUAUGGUGCUAUCAUACUCUUAUUGGCAGGAUAUCUGAAAAAUGCAACAGUUGCCAUAGCUGCAUUCUCAAUUUGCCUCAAUAUUAGUGCAUGGGCACUUAUGUUCUUCCUUGGCUUCCUAGGUGCCGUAUGUGUGCGGGUAUCAAAUGAGCUGGGGAAAGGAAAUGCCAGAGCUGCAAAAUUUGCUAUUAAAGUCAGUUCAAGUAUUUCAAUUUGUAUUGGAGUGCUCUUUUGGAUUUUGUGUUUUGUCUUUGGACAAAAUUUUUCAUACUUGUUUACUAGUAAUAAGGAAGUAGCAGAAACUGUUUCAAGUCUCUCCGUUCUUCUUGCUUUCUCAGUCUUGCUUAAUAGUGUUCAGACAGUACUCACAGGUGUGGCUGUCGGUGCUGGUUGGCAAGGUGUGGUUGCAUUUGUCAAUGUUGGUUGCUUAUAUAUUCUUGGGAUUCCAUUAGGAGUUUUGCUUGCUUAUGUGGCUCAUCUCUCAGUUAGGGGUAUGUGGAUUGGAAUGCUUUUUGGAGUGGCCAUGCAGUCGCUUGUGCUUUUCUACUUGACAUGGAGAACUAAUUGGGAUGAGCAGGUUAGAAAAACAGCCAAGCAUCUCAACAAGUGGUCCUUGAAGCCUCCAGAAGAACCCAACCAGAACCCCCCUCAAGCCUAAAGGAAUGAACUAUUCACUAUUCUCUUCUCAAGAAUAUGGCAGAAGGAAUGAAUUACAUAAGAAGUUACAUCAGAACUACAUAUAGUAACCCAUUAAAUGAAUCUCAGGUGUAAUUGGAUAUUAUAGUAUCUGCUCAAUAUUCUGGCUCUUUGAUAAUAAUAGUAAUCGUUUCAUA